AUGGAUUCCCAGGACAAGAAGCCCGUCCCUCGUUUUUCCAGCUUCAAAUUCCCCCAACCUCCACCGCCGGAAGCUGAUCGGCCCUCCGAGCGCAGUCGCGAGUCCGCACGGCGAGAUGAAAGGUCCCGGCAUCAUUCCUCGAGGCAUAGAAGCCAUCGUGAUCGGUCGAGGUCGAGGGAGCAUCGGAAAGAACGAAGAGAACAUCGCCAUUCUCACAGGAGGGAUGGCCAUCGCGGAGAGGUCGCAUCCGAGCGUCGAACCGAUUCUAAACCCGUCGUGAAGGAGACCAAGGAUGAGGAUACCAAUCUGUUUGUGGUUGAUCGCAAAGGCGACAAAUACAACCUUAUAUAUGGCACCAUACAUCGAUACAAUGUCCCGGCAUAUCGACGGUUCGGUCGAGGAGGCGUGCUUGGUCUCCCCCGGAAUCACAGAAUUGAUCGCGAUACAUCGGAGGGAGGCGCAUUGGUGAUUAGGACGACCGCCGAAUUCGCAGACUCAGGAAAGUUGAAGUCAAAGAAUAUACUCUCGGGGUUAAGAAAGCAGAAAGGCAAGCUUCUUCGGGUGCGACCACAGCCUAUUUCGGAAUCUACCGCAGACGAGCAAGACUACCUGUCGCUCAACGUAUCGUCCCAUCGCAGAGAUAGGGAUAAUAUAAAGGAGGUCGAUUCAGAUGAUGAGAAAUUCGCAUACCGUUCAAUACACGGUAAAGCCAAGCCCGAGGAACAUAUUCCCAGCGACCUGGAGGCAGUGUCAGAUACGGACUCCGAUAAUGAAGGGUUCAGGGUGGAUCUGGAUGAGGAAAUCAAGCAGACCAAUGCGGAAUUGACGAGGAAAACUCAAGAGACCCCUACGGACGUUGGUGCAUGGCUCCGGUUGAUUGACCAUCAAACAGCGGUUCUUUCUGGCGCUGAGGAGUCUCGUCCUCUAACCUAUGCAGAGCGAACAGGGUUGGCAGAUAUCAAAAUGUCGAUAUACGAAAAGGCGUUGAAACAAAUUGGACAACACUCUGGCAGGGAGCGUGUCUUACUAGGUCUGCUGGAAGAGGGCGCAAAAUUGUGGGACACCAAGAAGCUUUUGCAGCGAUGGCAGACUACGCUGAAGGCAAAUUCUCAAUUCAUCAGCCUUUGGGUCAGAUAUCUCGACUUUCGCCAAACACAAUUCUUGGACUUCACCUAUGAACGGUGUUUAGCCACUUUUAUCGAGUGUCUGAGACUGAACCAAUCCAGUCCUAAUGGCCCUGAAAAGGUAUAUGUUCAGAACUAUCUGUUUCUACGCAUGACGCUGUUCAUGCGAGAAUCAGGUUUCGCAGAGCAUGCAGUCGGACUUUGGCAGGCAAUCCUCGAAUUGACCUUCUUCCGACCGGAGGGGUUCACAUUGCACACUGACCGAGAGAAGGUGCUGCCGGAAUUCAUGGAAUUUUGGGAAUCAGAGGUUGCUCGAAUCGGUGAACCCGGCGCCAAAGGCUGGAAGAGCGGGAGUAGUGCUGCUAUGGAUCCAAAAGGACCCUCGACAACACAACCCAUCUCUCGAAAAUCAGUCUUCAAGUCAUGGGCAGCAUCCGAAAGAGAACGGACUGUGAAUGCCCGGGUACCGGCACGUAGUUUGGACGAACUGGAGGACGACGACCCCUACCGUGUGAUCAUCUCUUCCGACCUCUGGGAGAUUCUAUCGAUAUUCUGGAAUCCAACUGCACCGAAUCUCGCAGAGGUAUUGCUUGAUAGUUUCCUAUACUUCUGCCACCUCCCGCCCUUAACAUCACCAAACAACAUGCAGACAACAAAGUGUUGGGCCGGUGACAACUUUCUGCGAAACGAGUUCAUGAGCAGCGCGGAACUUGGACUUGAGGACUGGUUCCCCAGAGAGACCAACACGGACAAAUCUACGGCCACACCAUUAUCCUUCCCGCAUACGAAUUUUAUCCAGACGAUUGACACUCUCUUUGGAAACCAGCAAACCUGGUUUUCCUCGUUCGACUCAUGGGUUAAGGCCGCUGUGAACACGCAGUCCGACGUUGACCCAGAUUGGGUCCGCAGAGCCCUUCGACUAUUAGUCGAGGCGAAUCCCGCAAAGGAUGACCUGGCUGAAUAUGCACUCGCUUUAGAAUUUGCAUGCAAUAUCAAAGAAGCCAAGAAAUUCGCCAAAUCGCUCUUGAAGAAGAGGUCCUUAAACCUACGUCUAUAUAACGCAUACGCACUUAUGGAGUGCCGGUCUGGAAACACGUCGGCUGCGGAACAUGUCUGGGCGACCACCCUCUCCAUGAGCAAUAGCUUUUCGGAUCAAGACAGAAUUGGCAAUGGCCUCCUAUUGCGGACAUGGAUCUGGGAAUGCUUAGAACAUCGUGAUAUUGCUCGCGCUUCUCAUCUUCUGUUUGCUCUUCCUCAACAGAGCGUUGAUCUGAAGUCACUAGCAGAGGCUUCACAGCCAACAUUCGGCGCGACAAACCUGCUGAAAAUGCACAAUUUUCUGUCGGACGCCCAAGAACACGCACUCGCUGCUCGGAAAGCAAGCGUCUAUGUAGCCUACACAGACUGCUCAGCUAUCCUAUCAUACUUGACCCAUUCGCUGAACCUGGAGAAAUCUCUCGAGCCCUACAGCGCCGCUUUUACAAGGCUCAGCACCCUCCCAUCCCACGACUCAUCAUUCAAAUACUUCACUAUCGAACUCCUCCACCAAUCCCGCGCAAAACUCCUCUACCACCACAUCCGCCAAGGCAACGCCUACAAACCCUCACACAUCCGCGUCCUCCUAAUAGAAAGCAUAACCCUCCACCCACACAACACAAUAUUCCUCUCCCUAUUCGCCUGGAACGAAUCCCGUAACCGCAUCGAAGAGCGCGUCCGCGGGGUCAUCCGCGAUAUUACCACCGCCGCCACCACCCAGGCAACUAAACACGACAACAUCCUCACAACCCAAAUCCCAACAACAUCACACCUCUUCUCCAUCUACACCGAACUCAACCGUCCCGUCUACGCAGGCUCAACACUGCACUCUGUCCGCGCGGCGUUUGAAAAAGCAAUUGCCGAUCCAACCCCAGACUCUUCGGACCCUAACCGCCCAACUAGCACAAGUAUCACAGGGGCACACUCAAACCUCACCCUCUGGAAACUCUACAUCCUCUUCGAACUCUCACGGGGUAACUUCAACCGCGCCAAAGCAAUCUUCUACCGCGCCGUCCGCGCAUGCCCCUGGUCGAAGGAGUUGGUUAUGUUGGCGUUUACGCAUCUAAGGGCUGAUGUUGUCAGGCAACGACAUCAGGCUUCUGAUACGAAAGCGAAGGUGAAAGAAGAAGGAAUGGACUUUGAGGAGUUGAGGAGGGUUUGGAAUGUGCUUGUGGAGAAAGAGUUGAGGGUUCAUGUUGAUGUUGAGGGGGUGUUGGAUGAGAUUGUUGCUAGGAGCGAGGAGGGUGGUAACCUGCCGAUUGAUAUGCCGGAAGAUGCCGAGAGCGAUGAGGAGAUGCAGGUGUAA